GUGACAUGGCACUCGCAGGGAACCAAUCGUAGACAUUUCCUGAGUCUUUCCGUCUACGCCUACUUCUAUCUUUCGUCUGUAAAACAUCGAACUCCGAAUAGUACUUAUAAAUGGUGUUUAGUGGCCUUUGAGGAUUCGCUUUAUAGCAGUAGCAGUUCGCAUUGCCUUCUAAAAAUUGUUUUGAAGAGGAAAAAAGCCGGAGAUGAGUUUCUUAUUUGGAGGCCGUUCAUCAAAGACUUUCAAGCCCAAGAAGAACAUCCCAGAAGGCUCUCAUCAGUAUGAGCUGCUGAAACAUGCAGAGGCCACCUUAGGAAGCGGAAACCUCCGGGCUGCUGUGAUGUUACCAGAGGGAGAGGACCUCAACGAGUGGAUUGCGGUUAAUUCUGUGGACUUUUUCAACCAGAUCAACAUGCUCUAUGGCACAAUCACUGAAUUUUGCACCGAAACUAACUGCCCUGUUAUGUCUGCGGGGCCAAGGUAUGAAUAUCACUGGGCAGACGGCACCAACAUCAAAAAACCCAUCAAGUGUUCUGCUCCCAAAUACAUUGACUACUUGAUGACCUGGGUUCAGGAUCAGCUGGAUGAUGAAACUCUCUUCCCGUCUAAGAUCGGCGUUCCUUUCCCGAAGAACUUCAUGUCAGUGGCAAAGACUAUACUGAAGCGUCUGUUCAGGGUUUAUGCUCAUAUUUACCAUCAGCAUUUUGACUCGGUCAUGCAGCUUCAGGAGGAAGCUCAUCUGAACACCUCCUUCAAGCAUUUUAUCUUCUUUGUACAGGAGUUCAAUCUCAUUGAUCGCAGAGAGCUGGCACCCCUGCAGGAUCUUAUUGAGAAACUAGGCAGCAAGGAUAGAUAGACACUGAUAUGAAUACCAUAUUGGUCAGCCUUAAUGCAUUUUCCAGAAAGCCUUUCUUUUGUCCUGUCCAUUUUUUGAUUGUCUUCGUUGUUUCUCAGCUGUGCUUCCUGAAGCUCAUAGAAGAAGUUGUCCCGAAAACUCUUGAUUUAUGUGCGGCUUUUCUCUUUGUUUUUGUUUUUUUCUGUUGUCAGUAUUACACUGUAGGUCUUUUUUUAUGUGUUUGUGAUGGAUGGGGAUAUAAAACAAAUAUCAGAGUUUAGUUAUGAUGGAAGUAAGAAUAAAACCAUCAUUUUUAGUCAGUACUUUUAUAAUGUGUGAAAAAUAAAUUAAGAUGUAUUGGAGGAAGGGAUCAAUAUUACGUUUUUUUUAUUAUUGUUUUGUACAAGUUUGAAGACAAAAAAUAUUUUUGAUGUUUUCAUUUCUGUGUGGUUGCAUAAUUCAACAGUGAAGAUUAUUGAGACUUUUUAGUUGUAGCCGAAUCUCAAGAGAUUUUAUAUUUAGACUUUUAAGCAGUAUUUCAUGGAUAAUGGAAGCAUUUAGUUUUUCCUUUAUUGUUUUGUUUCUACUCACAAUAAAUACUUUCUACCAUGUUUAUAAUCAGA